CUGAGCGCCUCCACCGCCCGCCGCCCACCGCCCACGGCCGCCAAACCGGGUCCUUUCGCCGCCGCCGCCGCCCGACUGGAGCUUGGUCGCCCCGUGCCUGCCCUUGCUCCUUCUCUCUGUCUCCCUCGCGGCGUGCUUGGCCGGACGCGCCGACGGCCACGGCGUGCACUCCGUGCCGCUCCUCUCGGCGCUGCUCGGCGGGGCCGUCGCGCUCGUCUUCCUCGCCGGCUACCUGCGCCGCAAGCGCGCCAACAUCGCGCACGUGCCCCCCUCCGCGGCCGCCGUCGCCCCGGACCUGCCUAAGCAGGUCCGCCCCGCUGGCCAGAACAAGAAGGGCGGACGACACGCCCGCGUCCACCACCACCACGCCUCCGCCGCCGACAAGGACCACCCUGGUUUCAAAUCCUAGAUCCGCCAGGGACUAUCGAUUUCAGCGGCUUGCCGGCGGGGGUCGAAGGAGAGUCGGAUCGAGAUGGUCGCGCCGAGGAGGAGGCGGCGCUCACCGUCCGGUCCAGAUGGACGGCCACACGCGGGAGGUGGCGAGCGGAGCGCCAGAGGAGCCAUGGCCUCGGAGCAGAAGGCCGCCGCUAGGGUUUCAGUCAAUCGGCCGGCCCCGUCGCCCAAGCUCAACGCCGGCGCGGACCGGAUCAACGCUCUCCCCGACCACCUCCUCCUCGAGAUCCUCGAGCGCCUUGACCUGCGCGAGGCGGUCCGUGCCGGGGCGCUCUCGAGACGGUGGCGGCGCCUCCCCAAGCACCUCUCGCGCGUGGACCUCGACGUCGCUCACUUCCAGGGCGCGACGCCGCUCGAGGCCAUGGACGCGUUCACAGGUGCGGCCUGGUCGCUGCUCGCCGGGGUUCCCCUCGCCGAGAGCAGCGCCCUCAAGUCCCUUAUCCUCGGCUUCUACAUGCCUUCCCCUUCUCACCUGAGCACCAUAGGCCGCCUCGUCCAGGACGUCGUGAGCUUGGGCCAGACCGAAUGCCUUGAGUUUUGCAUAUCCGUGCCGUCCCGAAGCAACACCGUCCCGCAGCUUGCUGAGAUUGGGCGGCAGUUCAUGUCCUUCUGCCGCACCUACCCGGUCGCCUUCUCUUGGCUCACGAGUCUUGCACUCGAGCGCCUUGCAUUUGGCACUUCUGACAUCACCGAACUCAUUCGCGCUUGUGGUAGGCUCAGGUGCCUCAUCCUGGGUCUCUGCAGAAUGGUUGAUCUGCACUCCACACUUAAGAUCGACACGCCGCACUCUGGGAUCCAGGAGCUCAAGUUCACCUUUGUUGGGUGCAUGCAGAUCAACCUCAUUUCUGUCCCUAAGCUUAGGCAAGUGGUGUGCCAUUAUUGCUUCUCGAGCUAUGUUCCACUGCACUUUGGCUAUGUUCCUGAGCUUCGCAAUGUAAUACUCAAUUCUAGAGCCAGGGCAUGGCAGAGGCCAUUUGCGCUGAGCGAGUGCCUGUCAAGGAGUGCCAGCAAUCUGUCAAGUCUUCAUCUCGGUUUCAAGCAACAAAUGAUUCGGAUUCUGCCAGAACAUCCGAAGAAGCUCACUGCUAUGUUCAGAAACCUGACCUCUGUGUUUCUUUGGGGUAUCUUCAAUGAGUGUGAUCUGAACUGGACACUGUUUAUCCUUGAAGCUGCACCUUGCCUAACGUGUAUUGAUUUAUCUCGACAUUCAUGCAUCGAGACGCCCGACAACAGUGCCGAGAAGACCAACGUGGUGUGGGAGCCAUCCAAGGAUUUGAAGCACCUAAACUUGAAGUUGCUGGUGAUCCACGGGUGCGAGGAUGAAGACAAGGUGACAGACUAUGUAAGGCUUGUGAUGGAACGAGCUGUGUGGCCGUUGAUAAUCCAGCUGCAGGAUGAAUUCCCAUGCAGCGACUGCAAUGCCACCAACCUUGACAGAUCCAAGGCGGACAAAGCUAGCAGACGCCGGAUUAAGGAGCGACUCGCGCAUGGAUCAUCCUCAUUUGUGGAGAUAAUUAUCUGAUAUGUCAAGGAAUGCUGGUAGUCUCAUAACGCUCACAGGCUUGCAGGAGCUAGAGCAAUGACUGUGUGAGGCACAUCCAGUAGUAAUUCUGAUUUCUAGUUAUUGGUAGCUUAAGAAUACUUGAUUGGUGUGGACCUCGCGGUGUAGCUAAAUUAUGUGUGUACUGUAAUCUGGAUUACAGAGAAUGUCUUAAGAAGAUGCCAAUGAAUGGAGAGUGGGGUUAUCAUGUUAUGCUGCAGGCUGCCGCGGACUUGCUGCAGGGCUGGAGGCGGCAUUCGGGGUUGGAGAUGGCAGGAGAAGCAGAGCUCCCUUGUGCCACUCUCUCUACAAAGGGAGGCGAGGAGCACCGGCAGAUCGAGUCCCCAGUGUUUUCCUCUACGGCUCUCGAUGAGGCAGAUCGGGCCCCAAGUCGCGAUCUUCAUCGCGUGAUGGCCUCGUCGGAGCUCUGCUGCCUGGAGCUCCACUCCGUCGAGGUUCCAGGUCACCCCCUCUCUCUGCGUGUCUCUCUCUCUGACCGCUGCUCCUCCCGUCGUCGGAGCUCAUGCGGGAGAUGUUGUAUGCUCAAGGACGGAUUGGUUGGUUUAUUUGGUAAAAUAUUUCUCAACAAAAUCACAUGUACCAAGGGCUCAUCUUGGUUCUACUAUACUCUCAGUCGUAUUGUUAAAUUAAUAAUUGACAUGCUGAUGCUCAGUGGUUAAGACUCUGCAGUGAACCAUGCCUUUGUGAGAGGACCAAGACAAGAGGACUGUGUGUCCAGUAUGGUACAACCCUUGGGCGCAGAUGCAUCUAUGCAAAGAAGAUAAAAAUAUCUCCGUACGAGCUUGAUCGACUAAGGCAAUUUGACACCAAAACCUACCAUCAGGUACUACAUUUGUGGGAGGAACAAGACUUCCAUCACUCUGUAAUUCUCAUCUCCGUGGAGAUACCUUGCAAGGUAUAACUCAAAUGUUUUUUGCGCUGGAGGAGGUGAUAGUACAACCAUAUACUCACUAAGAUGGCAAGGCUGUGUCAGGACCCAAUUAUGUGUUAUCUGAAGAAUUCAACACUGCAUCGUCGAUUCAAUAGUUGACUUCAGUUUGCAAAGAAGUUGGAAGCAGACUUCAGGACUUACAUAGCAUGUGGCAUAGCUGACUCUCUAGCUGCAGUGAUUGUUCUUGGCAAGGGGCAUGAGUUUACUGCUGACCGGUAAGU